GCGCCGCCCACGUUACAGGGUCUUAGCUGGUGUAUCGACUGCAACGCUCAGGUUUGUGUCCCAAAACCUUGGUUUCCCGUCAUAACUUAGUCUUGAAUAUCAACGUGUAUAUAUUGUGAUGUCUGCAACGGACUGGUAUGCGCAUAAAUCCCUCGAAAAUGGAGUGUUUUGGAUUCAGGAGCGGUUUUACGCAUCGGGGAACAGGGCUAACAUUUGGCUCAUUCGGGGAUCUCACCAAGACGUUGUGAUCGACGCCGGCCUAGGCUUGCGGAGUCUACCGGAGUACAUCAACGCUAAAGGCCUUCUGGGCGACGAUACGAAGCGGAGGAAUCCCUUAUUGGCAAUCGGAACGCAUGUGCAUUUCGAUCAUUCGGGUGGCCUACACCAGUUCCAACAGGUGGGCGUGCACAAGGCAGAGGUCGAUGCCUUAGCUAACGGAGACAACUUUGAGACGGUGACAUGGCUGUCUGACAGCGAGAUAGUGGAAGAUCCCUCACCCGGCUGGACAGCCAGGCAAUAUAGAGUGAAGGCUGUUCAACCGACUCACAUCCUACAGGAAGGUGAUGUCAUAAACCUGGGCGACCGGCAGCUGACAGUGCUGCACCUACCGGGCCACUCCCGUGGCAGCAUCUGUUUGCACGAUCGCGACAACAAGGUGCUGUUCAGCGGCGACGUAGUCUACGAUGGCUCCAUGAUCGACUGGCUGCCCUACAGCACCGUCGGCGACUACGUGCGCAGCUGCCGGAGGCUGGUGGAGAUGGUGGACCGUGAGGAGGUGGAGCUGGUUAUGCCGGGUCACUACAACACGUUCGGGGCCAAGAGGCUACACCGGCUGGCCUCCAGCUACAUCUCAGGGGCGGGGACCUGCCACCGGGUCUCCACCUGCGCGGUGAGGUCCGUGGCCGGCCUGGCGCUGCGAGCUUCCAGCUGCUGCAGUGUGGGGUGUUAAGUGAGAGGACUCGAUUUACAACGGCUUGCCUCCAUACUGAAACUACUGAGCAAUACAGGUCGGUCCUGUGAAAUAUUUAGAGCCCUUUGUAAGUCUCGCAGUAGCAAAGCAAAUUCAAAAGGUAUAAUUCUGCUGUUUACUUGAUAGAUUUAGAUUUUAAAAUGUUAAAAAAAAUAAUAAAUUCUGUAUGAGGUGUUGGUGCAGAAUGUAAUUUAUUGCAAUUUCUGGCCGUAGAUGUUUUAUUGUUUUGGAAAGAGAGCACAUUUUGUGUUCACUACCUCACUUCUUAGCUGUUAACUGAGACAAAUGAAAGUCAGUUAGUGUCUCAUGCAUGCAAUAACUACAGAGAGCCUACGGUUAAUUGAAAUCAAGCUUUCAUGGUAGGGAGGCAUCCGUGAGGGCUAAGGCCGUGUCAUGACUUGGUAGGGAGGCAUCCUUUAUGGCUAAAGCUGUGUCAUGACAUGGUAGGGAGGCAUCCUUUAUGGCUAAAGCUGUGUUGUGACAUGGUAGGGAAGCAUCCUUUAGGGCUAAGGCCGUGUCAUGACAUGGUAGGGAAGCAUCCUUUAGGGCUAAAGCUGUGUCGUGACAUGGUAGGGAGGCAUCCUUUAGGGCUAAAGCUGUGUCAUGACAUGGUAGGGAGGCAUCCUUUAUGGCUAAAGCUGUGUUGUGACAUGGUAGGGAAGCAUCCUUUAGGGCUAAGGCCGUGUCAUGACAUGGUAGGGAAGCAUCCUUUAGGGCUAAAGCUGUGUCGUGACAUGGUAGGGAGGCAUCCGUGAGGGUUAAGGCCGUGUCAUGACUUGGUAGGGAGGCAUCCGUGAGGGCUAACGCCGUGUCAUGACUUGGUAGGGAGGCAUCCGUGAGGGCUAAGGCCGUGUCAUGACUUGGUAGGGAGGCAUCCUUUAUGGCUAAAGCUGUGUUGUGACAUGGUAGGGAGGCAUCCUUUAGGGCUAAAGCUGUGUCGUGACAUGGUAGGGAGGCAUCCUUUAGGGCUAAGGCCGUAUCAUGACUUGGUAGGGAGGCAUCCUUUAGGGCUAAAGCUGUGUCGUGACAUGGUAGGGAGGCAUCCUUUAGGGCUAAAGCUGUGUCAUGACAUGGUAGGGAGGCAUCCUUUAGGGCUAGGGCCGUGUGGACUAUGGCACUAGUUCACUCAAAGUUUUUAUUGAUGAUGUAACUAAAGAUCACCCAAGGAAUUGCCUUUAGGAUUCUAAGUGUGCUUCAAUGUGACCCAGAGUAGAUUAUCAUGACUGACUGGUGGGAACAGGGAGAAAGUUUUGGAAACUGCAGAAUUCUGCUCAGUAUGAAAACUGUGGAGUUGGCUCAGGAAAUCCUUUAAUCAAACAAGCUUUGGAAGUGGUUGGUAAUGGUUGUGGAUGUUCACAUAUUUCAUAAUUGGAUAUGAAGAUUACAGUUUUACGUAUGGUUUUAAAUGUGAAGUGAGGGCUGUAAAAAUAUAGAUGUGACUUAAGGUUGUUUGGAAAUGUUCGGUGUGAUUUUAAGUGUGAGGAGAGGGGCGUGAAGUAUAUGCAUCAUUAAUAUAUUUUACUUACCAAAAUGUAUGCUUUUCUGUAUUCAGAAAUGGACAGUGAAAGGGGAGAGGUUGGUUGAAGAGAAAAAAAAAAAAAUCAUAUUUAUUGAUGGAGGUAUUUCACAGCUAAUGAGAUGGGUUGACGGGUGAACACAGGAAUGAAGCCUGCAUAUACAUCCACAGCAGGAUGAUCCACAGGUAAUCUUCAUACUUGCUCAUCAGAAUAAAAUCUGAUAAAAGUGUGCAAUCUCUCUAACAUCUAAAAAUAGGGAUGAAGUGCAGUUUUUAACAUGGUCAGAGGGGGUAUGGUCGGCUUUCGUUUACUUUGCGUGCCAAAGCAAGCUUUGCAUGCAUCAUGUAUAGCACGCAGACGCUAACAGCACGGAAACAUCUGGGCUGAGAAACAUCAGUGGUGAAAAGCCUGUAUAAUGGAGGCAUUCAGUGACGAAUAAGACAUUUGCCUUACCUCUCCAUGUAAUGUCAUUCUCAUUCAGUUUUGUUUGUGCUGCUGAAAACCAUUGUUUAGUUAUUUGUGACUUGGGGUUAUUAAAUAUCUAGUCCCAUAAACUCAUACAGGGGAUGUUUCUUUUUUUUUGUGCUUGAUAUUCUAGUUAAAUCUUAACGUUGCAUAACAUGCACAGUGUGUUUUCUUUGUCUCCUUCUAGUUCUUGACAUAUAAGCACAAUGCAUUUUUUUUGUUUGUUUGUUUCAAAAUGUAGUUGGAGUGGUAAAGUGAGACUAGAGAGAUUAGGAGCGCCGGCCAGGUUUCCCAGCAUUCCAGAGUAGCAGCCUUGUACCUGAGUUCUGCUGUACGUACACGGGGAGCAGGAGUGCACUUUUGAAGGCUGUGCUCAGAGAUGCUAAUUAGCAUAUUUUGCAAAGGUAUUUUUUUUUGUAUUUAUUUUUCCAAAUAAGGGUUAAAUUAUUCAUGUGUUGCACAGACCAGCUGGAAAUGUGCCGUGUUGCACCGAGUUUGAAAGUCCCAUGUUUAGUCCCUCAUGCUGCUUUUAUUAUAUUUCAGUGAAAUUGCAUGAUUUGUGGAUAUCUGAAGGUAAAAUUAUAAGUAUAAUGUUAAUAGUUGGAAAUCAGAAGAUGUUUAAUGAAUGAAAUACUGGAAUGUGUUGUGCAUAAUUUUCAUGUAUGGUGGCGGCUUUGCUGCUGAGGUAAGCUUGUAUAUUUGAACUGUAUAUCUGAACUGUGCUUCUGCUCAGGAAUCCUAGAUAUAUGAGCUGAGGCGUUGUGAGCAGAGCCUCGCCAUACCAACACUAUGCAGUGCCUCUCUGUGUACAACUCAGCCGAUACCUUCCAGUGCUGUUACUGUAGCUAUUUCAAUAUGCAGGCACUUGUUUAUAAAAUAUACGCACUUGUAGUUCUGAAAUGUGCUCUCUUGACUCCUUAAAUACAAAUUUAUAAUAAAA